UGAUCCAAAAUUAGCAGCUGACUAGUUAGCUAUGGAUUCAUCAAGAAUAACUCUCCGUCCAUACAAAUCAACGGACGCUGAUGAUGUACUCUCAUGGGCAUCCGAUGAUCGCAUAACCCGAUCCACCCAUUUCAGCACGUUGACUUCCAAAGAGGAUGCGUUGAACUUCAUCGACAAAUCUUCUAUCCCUUGGCGUCGAUCCAUAUGCAUCGACGAUCGAUCGAUCGGGAUGGUGGUGGCCCGACCUGGAUCGGGUGAUGACAGAUGUCGAGCUGAGAUAGGAUAUGUUUUAGGAGUUGAGUAUUGGGGACAGGGGAUUACACCGGUGGCGGUGAAGAUGGCAAUCCCUUUGAUUUUGGACGAGUUUCCUGAAAUAGUAAGGCUUCAAGCAUUAUCUAAUGCUGAGCAUAAAGCAUCACAUAGAGUGUUGGAGAAGGCUGGGUUUAUAAAAGAUGGUAUGUUUAGAAAGUAUUUAUACUUCAAAGGUGAAAUUAAAGGUGUUGUACUUUAUAGUUUUCUUUCCACUGAUCCUAUUAUACCUUCAUGAAAUUUAAACAUAUGUACCUGCUAGUGUUUUCGAUGCUCUAUUGAAAAUAAUUUUUCUAUUCAA